AUGAUCCGAGUUUACCUUAGGGGCUUCGUAGCUGUUCUAGCUCUUGCAGUGCUUGUACAUUCACAGCAGGAUCACACAGGCUACACAGAUGAAUCGACAACCUUAGAUUAUGCACCAGAUGAACUAUAUAUUGAUACUGGCAUAAAUGUCGACGUAUCUCCACCCUACAGAGUACCAACCCUGCAGCAGCAGCUUCAGAAUGUCAGAAGCUUUCCUAAGGGAUCAAAGAAUUAUUAUACCCUUAGAUCAUCUCAAGGAAAAGGCGCUAACUAUUUGGUCAGAGCUAUUUUUAUGUAUGGAAAUUAUGAUUUCCUUGAUAAUCCUCCCACAUUUGAGCUGCACCUUGGGGUUGAUGUUUGGGACACAAUAAAAUUAGACAACUCGUCUCAUAUUGUGAUGAAGGAAAUGAUACACUCACCAUCUACAGAUUUCUUAUAUGUUUGUCUUGCUAACAUUGGGUCUGGAACUCCUUUUAUAUCAGCAUUGGAACUCAGGCAGGUAAAUGACUCGAUCUAUAAAAGGGAAUCCGGAUCUCUUGAACUUCUCUAUCGAUAUUAUUCUCACAAAACAUCUGUGGAUAACAUAAGGUACAAUGAUGAUAUAUUUGAUCGAAUUUGGGAACCAAUGUACUUGGUUAAUGGGAGCCAAAUCAGUACCGAAUUUGAUGUCAUAUCUACCCUCAAUGUGUUUCAAUUGCCACCAUCAGUAAUGAAAGCAGCAAUCAUACCAGUAAAUGUUAGUGAGCCUAUUCACUUCACCUACACACCCACUACAAAUAAGAGCUUGGAAUUUUAUAUCUACCUUCAUUUGGCUGAGCUUUCGACACUCAGUGCUAAUCAAGUCAGGGAGUUCAAUGUUACUGUCAACGGCCUGCAUCUUUAUGGACCGUAUGUCCCACUGUACUUGACAGCUGAUACCAUAUACAACAACAAAGCACUUACUGGCUCGCAGCUUGAUGUUUUUAUCCAGAGCACUGAGAGAUCCACCCUUCCACCAAUCUUGUUAAAAAUGUAA